AGUUCCUUGUGCCUCUCCCCAGCUGCUAUAAGACACCUCUCCCUGCCCCCACCCCACUGCUUGCUUGGCUGAGGUUCCUGGAGGACAGCUGGGGAGAAGGGGAGCUGUGACUUCGCCAUGGGGCUCAGCGAUGGGGAAUGGCAGUUGGUGCUGAACAUCUGGGGGAAGGUGGAAGCUGACAUCCCGGGCCAUGGACAGGAGGUCCUCAUCAGGCUCUUCAAGAACCACCCUGAGACCCUGGAGAAGUUUGACAAGUUCAAGAGCCUGAAGUCAGAGGGCGAGAUGAAGGCCUCCGAGGACCUGAAGAAGCACGGCGCCACCGUGCUCACCGCCCUGGGCGGCAUCCUCAAGAAGAAGGGGCAGCACGCGGCGGAGCUGCAGCCCCUGGCACAGUCCCACGCCAACAAGCACAAGAUCCCCGUCAAGUACCUGGAGUUCAUCUCUGAGGCCAUCAUCCAGGUGCUGCAGAGCAAGCAUUCCGGGGACUUCGGCGCCGACACCAAGGAGGCCAUGAAGAAAGCCCUGGAGCUGUUCCGGAACGACAUGGCCGCCAAGUACAAGGAGCUGGGGUUCCAGGGCUGAGCCCUGUCCCCCACCCCGCCUCUGCCCGCCCGGCCGGGAGGGCGGGCCCGAAUGUCCUGUAGCUGAGUAGCGUGUGCUUCUGAGUGUCGGUUUGAUUGUGAGCGGUGGGUGGGUGGGAGCGGGAGGGUGAGGGGCAGGGGUGCCCUGGGGACUCGCCCCGAGGGACCUGCCCCCCGGAGGGCGUCUCCCCGAGAACCCAGAGGCUGGCCCUUCGCCCACUGGCCUGCCGUUGGGGUCAUGCCUGAUGCAUAAUCCUCCCACCCCAAUCUGACCAGUUCCUUCCAGCCUCUGACCUCCAUCUUUGCCCUCACUCAACCCUAAUCCAAGCCUUAAGCUAAGCCCCCACCAUGCCACCUGAUCAGCCCGGGCCCCUGAAGACGGCAGGUGUACCUUUGCUGCCAGAGGCGGGCGGGGCGGGGCAGCCACACCUGUGCCUUGUCAGGUAACCGAGUGACUCACCUGGUUUUAAUAAAAAACCCU